AUGAAGUACGUUUUGGUUACUGGUGGUGUUGUGAGCGGGCUCGGAAAAGGAGUUACCGCCAGCAGCAUCGGCGUUGUUCUCAAAGCCUGUGGCCUUCGUGUUACAUCUAUUAAAAUUGAUCCUUACUUGAAUACCGAUGCUGGUACCAUGUCUCCGUUUGAGCAUGGGGAGGUUUUCGUUCUCGAUGAUGGCGGAGAGGUAGAUCUAGACUUGGGUAACUAUGAGCGAUUUUUGGACGUGACACUUACGAGAGAGAACAAUAUUACAACAGGAAAGAUAUAUCAGUCUGUUCUUGAAAAGGAACGGAAAGGCGAUUAUCUUGGAAAGACUGUGCAGGUUGUUCCCCACAUCACCGAUGCCAUUAAGAAUUGGAUUGAAUCAGUAUCUGUUAUUCCCGUGGAUGGGAAAGAUGGACCUGCAGAUGUAUGUGUCAUAGAACUGGGAGGGACUGUAGGCGAUAUUGAGUCAAUGCCAUUCAUUGAAGCUCUGAGACAAUUGUUUUUCUCAGUUGGACAAGAUCAUUUCUGUCUGAUUCAUGUCAGUCUUAUACCCGUUCUUGGCGUCGUGGGUGAGCAAAAAACGAAGCCCACACAGCAUAGUGUGCGAGAAUUGAGAGCACUAGGUUUGACUCCUCAUUUUCUGGCAUGUCGUUCUGCUCAGCCAUUGUUGGAGAAUACAAAGCAGAAAUUGUCACAGUUUUGCCAUGUCCCUGUUGGAAAUAUUCUUAAUAUCCAUGAUGUUCCAAACAUUUGGCAUGUUCCUCUUCUGCUCCGGAACCAAAAUGCACAUGAUGCCAUUCUAAAACAUUUAGACUUAUUGAGUGUUGCCAAGCCUCCUAACUUGCAAGAAUGGACCAAGAGAGCUGAGACAUUUGACAGCCUCACUAACUCUGUAAGAAUUGCAAUGGUGGGAAAGUACGUUGGGAUGUCAGAUUCUUAUUUGUCUGUUGUCAAGGCCCUCCUGCAUGCGUGCAUUGCGUGUUCAUUGAAGCCAUCGAUCGACUGGAUUGCAGCUUCAGACCUAGAAGAUGAGAGUGCAAAUUUGACACCUGAAGCUCAUGCAGUUGCAUGGAAAACUCUGAAGAAUGCUGCAUGUGUUUUGGUUCCUGGUGGGUUUGGAGAUCGUGGUGUGAAAGGGAUGAUAUUGGCUGCAAAAUAUGCAAGAGAAAAUAAAGUUCCCUAUCUCGGGAUUUGCUUGGGGAUGCAAAUAUCUGUGAUUGAGAUUGCGAGAUUUGUUUUGGGCUUGGAAAGGGCAAACAGUAACGAGUUUGAUGAUAAGACUCCCAAUCCUGUCGUUAUUUUCAUGCCAGAGGGUUCAAAAACACAUAUGGGAAGCACAAUGAGACUUGGUUGUCGAAGAACGUUCUUUCAGAAUCCAGAUUGUAUCACAGCAAAGCUGUAUCACAAUUCGGAAUACGUGGAUGAGCGUCAUCGACAUAGAUAUGAGGUGAACCCGGAGAUGGUUAGCAUUUUGGAAGAAUCUGGCUUGAAAUUUGUUGGGAGGGAUGAAAGUGGGAAGCGAAUGGAGAUUUUGGAGCUUCCAGACCAUCCUUUUUACGUUGGAGUGCAGUUUCAUCCGGAAUUCAAGUCCCGGCCAGGGAGGCCCUCAGUUCUAUUUCUAGGUUUUAUACUGGCAGCAACUGGACAGCUGGAAGCUUAUCUUAGGAUCCAUUAUUCCUACGGUAUAAAGUGGAUGCUGGACAAGGGUUAUUUUCACGGGAUGAAACUAAAUUCAUGGUGUACUAUCAGAUCUCUAUGGUCACCUCCUGUAUUAUCGCCACCCUUGGGAUUAGAAGCAGAUUGCGAUUCUGUUUCGUGGUGA